AUGUCGAGUCAGGCAAACUGGAAGUCCGUGACGGGCAUCGCCACGUUACUUUUCGAUGGAAAUCUAGUCGCAAUUGCUAUUGCAGUGCUAUUUACAUUCGGUGUACCGAUUCUUCUCCAUAUUCUCUUUUUCAGGGCUGCGGCAUCGCCGCCAUCUAGCAACUUCUUGUUGCUAGGCCCGAGCGGAUCAGGAAAAACGGCAUUUACAACCUUGCUCGAGGCAAAGUCCUCCCCCGCAUCAAAGAAGACACAACUCACCCACACCUCGCAAACCUCCACCUUAGUCUCUGUCAGCUUGCCACCAAGUGUCCCUACUGGAUCCAACCGCUACCGCUCCGUCAACGAUCCCUCCUUAAAAGAGGCAACCCGGGAUCCUAUUCGGUACUUCGUCAAAGAUACACCGGGCCAUGGCAAGUUGCGCACAUCACAAGGAAUCGGGGAGUUACAAGCUAUGGCAACCUCGAAAGAAAACAAGACCAAGAUCCGUGGCGUGAUCUUUAUGGUUGAUACUGCCGCACUGGUAGAUGAGGGUAAUCUGCGGGACACUGCAACCUAUCUGCACGAUGUGCUGCUGGUUCUACAGAAGCGCGAGCUGAACAAGACAUCCACUAAGCGGUCCAGCGAGAUCCCUGUUCUUGUCGCUGCGAACAAGCAGGAUCUUUUCACAGCUCUUCCUCCGGGCUCUGUGCGGGAGAAGCUUGAAGCUGAGAUUGAUCGGAUUCGCAAGUCCAAGACUAAGGGCUUGAUGGAUGCUUCCGCAGACGCUGGAUUGGAUGCCGAGGAGGAUAUCCUGGGUAAUGAUGACGCGCAGGGUGUUUUCAACUUCAAGGCUCUUGAAGAUGAAACUGGCGUUAAGGUUGAAGUGGUGGGUGGUGCUGUCAAGGGUGAUGCAGAGGAGGAAUUUGGGUCGGGAGUCCUUCGCUGGGAAGAGUGGAUUGGCAUGUGUCUAUAA